AUGGAGUUAUUUUCUAAUCCACGGUAUCGGGUUAAUAUUAUUUUAUUACGGGUUUUAGGACAGUGGCCAUUCCAACCAAAAAUUGAACGAUUUCUAGUAACAUUAUUAUGGAGUACUAUAAUUUCAAGUCUACUAGUACCACAAAUUCACCGGUGUGUGAUUGAACCGACUGAAGAGAUUUUAAUGUCAAAUAUUCCACCUCUUAUUACAGUCAGUUUGAGUAUGGCAAAAAUGAUCAACAGCAUUUUUAAUGGGAAUAAAAUUCGGCAAUUAUUAAUGCUGAUGAACGAUGAAUGGGCGAAAAUGAAACCUGGACCCAGUUUUGACAUCAUGCAAAAAUAUGCUAAUGAUGGAUAUAAAUACACAGUAUUUUAUUGCUUUUUGAUGUACAAUUCCAUGGUUGUAUUUCUUCUUCUUCCAAUGCGGCCGAAAUUAAUGGUCUGGUUAGGUCUAUCAGAUGUUGAGGCCGAAUUUUUAUUACCGUUUCCUACAGAUUAUUGGAUUAAUGAUGAUAAAUAUUUCAUUUUUAUUGUAAUGCAUGUAUAUUUUGGCACAACAUUUGUGAUAACUGCUAUCGCUGGUCCCGAUGUUUUAUACAUGGUUUUUGUCCAACAUGUAUGUGGAAUGUUUGCUGAAGUAAGCUAUCGGCUGGAGAAUGUACCAACCAAGCCAUUGUCAGACGUCGAUCUUUAUGUUGAUAAAAGAGACGAUGAAGCAUUCUUAAUUAUUUCUGAUUGUAUUAGGCAACAUAAUAGAGCAAUCGAUCCGUAUCUCAAUUAUCUUUCGUUUAUCAGUUUUUCCGUUCGUCUUGAAAAAACAUACAGCUGGUUAUUUUUGUAUGUAGUCUGCGUUAAUACAUUGGUCUUAACUUUUUCGGGAGUUCAGAUGAUGACUCAUCUUGAUGAUGUGGAUGAAUUAUUCCGAUACAUUCCGUUUGCUGGUAGUCAAUUGAUGCAUAUUUUCGUUGAAAGUAUCGUUGCACAACAAUUAAUGGAGCACAGUAGUCACGUAGAUUAUGCCAUAACCAUGAUGAGAUGGUACGCCAUAUCUCUUAGAUCACAGAAACUUCUGAAUCUUAUGACCAUAAGAAGUCGAGUACUCAAUAAAAUUACUGCUGGAAAAAUUUUCGUCUUAUCAUUGGAAUUUUUCGGCACUGUUGUCAAGACAUCAAUGACAUACUUUACACUCUUACGUUCGAUGCAGGAAGAAGAGGUUCAUGCGUGUAUAGCCGAACCUACUGAGGAAGUCAUAAUAUCCAAUACUCCACCAUUAAUCUGCGUUAGUAUAUCAACCGCAAAAAUGUUAAAUUGCUUUUUCAAUGUUCACAAGGUACGUCAAUUAUUGAUAUUGAUGCAAGAUGAGUGGACAAGAUUAAAGCCUGGACCUGGUUAUGACAUUAUGCUAAAAUAUGCUAAUGAUGGCUACAAGUAUACAAUGCUUUAUUGUGGGUUGAUUUAUAAUUCUAUGGUCGUUUUUCUUCUUCUUCCAAUGCGACCAAAAGUGUUGGUUUGGCUAGGUUUAUCAAAUGCUGAUGCAGAUUAUCAGCUACCAUUUCCUACCAAUUACUGGGUGGACACUGAUCAGUACUUUUUCUACAUUGCGGCUCACGUCUACUUGGGGACAGUUUUUGUUAUAACUGCUGUAGUUGGUCCAGAUGUUCUGUUCUUUAUGUUUGUGCAACAUGUUUGUGGAUUAUUCGCUGUAGUAUGUGAUCAAUUGGAAAAUAUUCCAAUUAGAGGAAUGUCAAGAUCUAAUCUAUACAUUGAAAAAUCGAAAGAUCAAUCAUUUUUUAUUAUUUCUGAUUGUAUUAGACAACACAAUAAAGCAAUUGAGUUUGCUGCUCUUGUGGAUGACACAUUUUGUUGGUCAUUUUUCUUUAGUGUUGGCAUGAAUACCCUGAUCAUGACCUUUUCAGGAAUUCAGCUUGUGACUCACUUGGAUGAUGUAGAUGAAUUAUUUCGGUAUGGACCAUUUGCUGUUGGUCAAAUGAUCCAUAUUCUUGUUGAAAGUAUUAUCUCUCAACGAUUGAUGGAUCAUAGUGGUCAAGUAGAUAAUUCAAUAAUAAUGAUGAAAUGGUACGCUAUAUCUCUUAGAUCACAAAAAUUAUUAAACCUGAUGACUAUGAGAAGUAGAGUAUUGACCAAAAUAUCAGCAGGAAGAAUUUUUAUUUUAUCCAUUGAAUUUUUCGGGGUUGUUGUAAAAACAUCAAUGUCUUAUUUUACGCUUUUACGAUCAGUAAAAGAAAAUGGAUAUUAUGACGAAUAAAAAUAUUAUCCAACUCUCUAGACAAGAA